AUGACCCGGGCUAUGGUAACUCCUCUGUCCCCAAUCGCUCGGCCGCUCCUCUCGUCGUCUCUCCUCCUCUACAACCCCACCACCCCAGCCACUUCCCCUUCCAUCGACAACCACAUCUCCAACUUCAUCUCCAACUUCAUCUCCAUCUCCAUCUCCAACUUCAACCCCCCACACACAAAUCCAACACCAACACCAACACCAACAAUCUCUCUCCUCUAUUCCUCUCCCGCCCCCUCGACGAGGAGGGUUCAGUUACGGCAACGUGACUUCGGGUGCCUGUCUCUGGCUCCUGCAGAAGAUCCCCCUCUCUCCCAAUCACGACCUGAACCGCGGCAAAGCGGCGCUCCCAUACCAAACAUGGCGAGUGACAGCAACGGAGCUCCGCCUGAUGGCGCGAACAACUAUCAAGAGCCACCCCAACCACAGCACACCCCAGAACAGCUGGCGAUGAUCCAUGCGGCUAUGAUGGAGGAGUUGGGUAUUACUAGAAAAGAUGAACUUCACCUCCAAGACAGAGGACCCGAUAUCUCCGAGUUGCGCCCUCUGAAACCGAAGAAAUACCAGGAAACCGCGACCGCUCGUUGGCGUAAUCUUCAGUUUGACGAUGUUGAUCCUGCCGAGGAGGGCCUCGACUCCAUCGCUGAUGGUCAACUGUAUCGAUUGAGAAGAGGCAUCCCUUCCGGUACUUCAGGUCGAGGUCGAGGCAAUGUCGCAUCCCGAGGCGGUCACUCAUCCAAUCGUGGUCGUGGAUUUGGACCAGGCGUCAAUGGCCGAGGUGGUAGGGGUGACUACUUGGGACCUAUGGGAUCUCAUCAACGAUCCGACUUCCAAACCAACUUCCAAACAAUGCGUGGAGCUCGCAAUGCGGUCAAUACCCAGGGCAUGAUGGAGACUGCUAUUGCUCGCCUACGUAACCCCCCGCUGGCUCCACGUUCCCAUCGUGGCGGUGCUGUGGACUUGCAAGCUAGGCCCCAGGUCAUGCCGUCAAAGUCCCUCAAUCCCUUGCCCAAUCGAUCAAGAUAUGCGAUUGACAACAGCAGCAACGAUGCCUUCUUCGCCCAUGUUGGAAUCAGCAAUCAGCGCCAGGCACCCGCCCUGGCUGUUCAACAGUUACCUGUUCGUGAGGCCGCUCCUAGCCCUCGCCCUGUUGCGGAGGUGCAGCCAUCACAGCAGUCUACCAUAGCUGAGCCCAAUCCCGUGGUUAUCAGUGGAGAGCCACCUGCCCCAGUCAAGUCUGGGCUCUCAGCCUCUCGGUGGGCUGGUCCAGCCAGUCCAGCCGAGCCUGCAUUCACAAACAGUGUCACUCCUGCUAAAUGGGCCCACCUUGGUACCUUGCACCAAGGCUCUUCAGCUCCAGCUACACCGAAUGUCGCCGUUGCUCCUGAGAGCCCAAUCGAGGACGUCAAGCAAGUCUCAGCUCAGACUCUUUCACGCAGCGGCAGAAAUCUUCUCAUGACACAAGUUGUUAACUACAAGUGCAACGACGGAGCAACCAGCCUCGCCACAGUCCGUCUCAUCAAGGGCCAAGAUGACAUCUACUUGAAAAUCGAGCUCAUCGAGGCCGGCACUGAUGCGGCUCUCCUUGCCGAGCCGGUAGACGAUAAUGCAUUGGUUGAGACUGAGAACACUCUGGUCAGAUACCGUGCAGCACCGACCAAUUCAGCGGAGACUCCUUUGUGGAAGCUGAACUUUUCGAUGCCAUACUUGGCGGCUAAGUUUGGGAACUUGAUCAUGAUGAAUCGCCUAAGCCGUCCGGCUUCGGAUACAUCUGCUCUUCUUCAUUCCGCCGCUGUUUGCGCCAGCUCCAAUGUGGAUCAUUUUCCUCCAGCAGGCUCAUCCGUUAGUUUUCAGACUACCGCACACAGCGUUCAGGAGGUCAUGCGUCAGAACCAAGUUGCUGAGAAUGUCCGAUUUCAAGCAACUCAGCAACCAGAACCGGUUUUCAUUGCUGAAUAUCAGCAAGCAUAUGCCGGUAAACCCGGCUACGGCCCAGGACUCGAGGAGAUGCAGUUGAUAUCCUUCGCGCCCGCUGGUGAGGACACUGAGCAGUUGAUCUCCUUCACCGACGAGGCUCCGCAGCCGCCACCGCAGCAGCCAGUUACUAACCCGGACAUUCUUAUUCUUCUGGAGUUUGAAAACGAAAAUAUCAUGGAGACUCUCUUUGAACGAUCCAACGAGGGUACCCCUGGCUCUGCAUUGACACGACUUUCUGAUAUCGUGGUCGAUGCCGGCGGUCCUCGGGCCAACACCCUUACGUCAGAAGAGAUCUUAAGUUCCAAGGACUACUACUUGGCUGCCAAGUUUGUUACCACUAAUGUUCUCGUCGAUUCUGAGACAUUUUCUGGCCUGAACUAUGAACUUGGAGAUGCCUAUCUGCAUGACAAGAGUGCGAAGCUACUCAAUAUGAUAGUUGCGCGUUGCUACCCCUGCGAUCUCUUCGGAUUUACCCUGGGUCCAGAAGUUGCUCCCGCUGAGGACACCACCCCAGCUUUCGCUGAUUUCCUGCACAAUGAGGCGGUCAAGAUUGAAUCAUCUGAAACCGCUGCCUUUGGCGUCACGGAUGAUAUUCACCAUGAUUCGAUCAAGGCUGCAUCGGCUGAGCCAGUGGCUGUUGCUGUCACUUACGCUCCUUACAGCGAAGAGCCAGUUACGACUCCCGACCUUGGAUCGGCCGAGAAUACAGAUGUUCUGAUCAAAUACUCGCCACAUAGUCUGAUCAAGCUACGUGGCAAUGCAACCCCUGUCAAGAUCGUUAAUGAGCCUCCUCGACAACCACUGACCGCGACCCGCAGAGCUCCUCCUCCUAAGAUGGCAACUAUUGGAUUGAAACCAUUAGCGGAUGUGGACGCAUCGACCGAGGCUAUAGGCAAUUUCGUCCAUGGUACAGGCUCAGCAGCCCCGACUGAUAUGUCCACCAAGGCCUCUCCUGCCCCAUGUCAACAGGCUACACCCCCUACAUCUGGUGUGCAAGACUUGACGGAGGAGCCUGACGUCUCGGUCCAGGAGCCUGCUGCACAAGCUGCCACGCCUCUUCUGGGCCCCAAGAGCUCUCAGAUCCAUGUUGGCCCCUCCUCAGGACAAAAGACGGACAUGAAUCUCUGGGGUGCGUAUCUCAACCAAGGUCGGUCUACAGCUGCGACAGUGCCAGAGACGAAGCCGGAAACUGUACACAAACCUAUAUCCAAUACUUCAGAGUCAACGGUGACAAGCCCAGUGCUGAGCUUGCCAACUCUGACCAAGUUGAGCGGCGCUAGCCAGACUAUGAGCGAGCGCAUUAAUUCUGCUUUGAAGCGUUCAAUGAUGUCCACGCAGUCACCCACGCAGUUCCUUAAGCAUGCAGCUCCUCGCGCCAAUGCGGUUAAGGUUGUCCCGAGCUUCGACCUCACAGAUACAAGACUUUCUAUUGCUGCACCCACGGGUGAUAUUCCAGGUACAACUAUUGCGUCAGAGAUUCCAAGAGUUGAUCUCGCUAUAGUCCCCAAGACUGAGCCAAACGAGACCAUUGGAUCUAUGUCAACUUUAAAGGCUGAUAUUUCAGAAUUUAUUUCCGUUAUCACCCCCAAGAUUGAGCCAACCGAGACCAUUGGGCCUAUCUUAAUUUCCACGGCUGAUCUUCCAGAUAAGAUUCUGGCACCAGAGAUGCCGCAGAAUGCACCCGCCAUUGAGAACAAGGCCGAGCCUAUUCCUCGUCCCGUGGUGAUCAAGAAGGAUCCUGUCGAGGAGAUCUCCAACUUUGCGCUGAGCGGUGCUUCGGGCUUAUCCGCUUCAAGAUGGGCACCUAGUCCUACAACUCCUGUGUUUCCACGUCAUCCUCUUCGUCAUUCACAAAUGGGCUCUGCUGUCUCUUACAAUUCUCCUCGGCCGCAAUAUCAGCAGGAAGAUCAUGCCCCCGCAUAUCCGGUAGGCCCCGCUCUGACCACAGUGCUUGUUCCAGACGCCAGUGGCAACUUUAUCCACGUGACUGGAUAUCCAGUUGCAAGCGCUCAAGUCGCAACACCAAUUUCCCCUUCUUUUGUGGAUCAUCACCCGAGAGUUGCUGCGAUGACACCAGCUGCCCGCAACUUUCCAGCUCCAGACAUCACGUACAGCCCUCACUUCUCGGGCGAGUCAUCGGCUAUCGACAAGAACUCCAACUCGGCCAGUCCAGCCCCUUCAGCAGCUGAGAGCAACCAGCGUGCACCUUUGUCUACACGUAAGGGAAACGGCCUUCAAGCUCGCCUCCAAAGCCGUCUAGACAACAGCAUGGCUGCCCCCCGAGGUGCCUACCAUGGUGCUCCUCCGUACUAA